AAGGUGUGGUUCCUUCGGACCAAGAGCUAGACAAUGGCGGGACUGAAGGUUUUUUUCGACUCUUUCUCGCAGCCCUCGAGAGCAGUGCUCCUUCUGCUGCACGCAAACAACGUCAAGUUUGAGCCGCGGAUGAUAAAAAUCGCCAAAGCCGAGAACAGAACUGACGAGGAGUUUUUGAGAGUCAAUCCCCACAAGAAAGUCCCUGCAAUUGACGACAAUGGAUUCACACUCUCUGAAAGCUCUGCUAUUCUGCGCUAUCUUGUGACAAAGUACAAGCUCCCAGAUCACUGGUACCCGUCGGAUGUUGCAAAGAGAGCAAGAGUAGAUGAAUACUUGAGUUGGCAUAGUUCUAAUCUCAGAGUUGGUGCUGCUGAGCUGAUAUUUAGCAAGGUGUUUAUGCCAAGCUUGCUUGGAAAAGAGGGAAACCCUGAGAGGACGAGCCAAUUAGAGGCAUUGCUCGGAAAGUGCAAGAAAAUGCUGGAGACCUACUUCCUGAAGGACCACAAGUUCAUCUGUGGAGACGAGAUAUCAAUUGCGGACCUCCAGGCCGUGUGCGAGUUGACACAGUUCUGGGUGGCAGGCUCUGAUCCCUGUGAGGGUAGACCGACCAUCGCUCGAUGGAUGGGCGAGGUGCAGAGCACUCUGGGACCUAGCUUUGACGAAGUCCACAAGAUGGUGUACAUGGCGCGAGACAGAGGCAUCUUCAAAGGAAAACUGUAG